GCUUGCGGGAGGCAUGAUGCCACCGGGCAGCCCUUUUUAAGAGAAAAUCCAGAACCGGUGGAGUAGCGAGCCCUGGGCAGUGCUGUGUGAGCUGAGCAGCUGGACCGGACGGAGCAGCGCUGUUAAAGCAUCAUGAGCGAGCGACAAGGUGCUGGGGCAACCAAUGGAAAAGACAAGACAUCCGGCGAAAAUGAUGGGCAGAAGAAAGUUCAAGAAGAAUUUGACAUUGACAUGGAUGCACCAGAGACAGAACGUGCGGCGGUGGCCAUUCAGUCUCAGUUCAGAAAAUUCCAGAAGAAGAAGGCGGGGUCCCAGUCCUAGCGGGAGAGCCCCUUCCUAGUCUGCCAGAAGACACCAAGUUCAACCACCAUCUGUCAAGAAAUUAGAGAAAACACCGUAGAGAGCAAUCAUCUGCACACUCUGCACACACAGCAGUCCCACAAUGCAUGUACAGAGACCCGUGAUAUUUAUACCCUCUUAGGAAAGUGUAGACAAUGCAGUUGUGAGUGGCUUAAUCUCUGUGUUCAUCCCCAGUAUCAUUCCUCCUGCAGCUACUCUCCUUGAUGUAAUAAAAUGGAGUUGAGAUGCGUGA